CCGGUCUCAGUUCUCGUUGGGCUUCCAUCAGCAUCGGUGCUAGACCGCGCAAUGGCAAUCCGUUCCCUGACCUUGCUCCUCGGCCUUUGUCUCCUCAGUGUGUUGUCGUCACUGGGGGCGGAGGCGUUGGAGGUGCCUGCGCACAACUGUGAGAGCUACUUCUCCUACUACCGCCGCGGCAACGGGGAAUAUUAUGGACUCUUUACGGCCCCGCGAGCCGGAAUCAAUAGCUUUUCCUGGGAGGUCAUGUUUACUGCCCACGGAACGGGUCAGGCACACACUGUUAGCAGCCUGAAGCCAUAUCCCAGCAAGGAUGAGGCCUUCGAGAACAUACACAACGGGGAACGGGGCCAAGUGUUCGUAGACUUCCAGGACUUUGGCAACGAGCUGCCAAAGUUAACCCGACUGGAGCUCAACGACCAGUUGCUUUGCUCCAAUUCAGAGUAUGAUGCUCCCUCGAGCACGAUGACCCGACGCCAGUCCAUGUCCACUACCUCGCCCAUACGCCAGAAGUCGGAGCCAAGCCCAACGCGUUACCCCAUAGUCCAGAAGUCAGCGCCAAGGACAACGCCAUAUCCUUCUUCGAAUUCCUUCCUACCGUUUCCACCCAAGCCAAAACCGGAAAUUACUCCCCACAUCCACGAGUCCGACUACAGCGAAUGCGGUAUGGAGGGCUUUGCGGCGCAGCAGAUUGGAGGCGACCUCGUCACCCGCGGACAAUAUCCCUGGAUGGCAGCCCUCUACGAAGGCGGCGCCACGGCCACCUACAAGUGUGUGGUGUCCGUCAUCUCCAAGCGAACGGUGAUCACGGCGGCCCAUUGUGUCUACGGCAAGUCCGCCAGCCAGCUGUGGGUUUACUUGGGGCGUCACGAUCGCUUCCAGAACCCAGAGGACAACGCCGACUUGGUCGGUGUGUCCAGUGUGCUUACUCCGCCACAGUACAAUGGCAAUCCCCUACCGGACGCGGAUGUGGGUCUGCUAGUGCUGAGGCAGGCGACGGAGUACACCAGGUACAUUCAACCGCUCUGCAUGUGGAGUUCCGGGAUGAGGGUGCCGGCGAACGAGGGCGACACCGGAUCGGUGGCCGGAUGGGGAUAUGAUGAGACCGGAGAGAAGACUCGCUUCCCGAAGGCAGUGAGUGUGCAGCUGGUGCCGCGGGACCAGUGCCUGAAAAAGAUGAAGCGGGCCCAGGACUUCAUCACGCGGAGGACGGUCUGUGCUGGGAACACACAGUCGCACGGUCCCUGCUUCGGUGACUCUGGAGCAGCGCUAAUGGUCCUGCGGAAUAAUCGUUGGGUCCUCCGAGGAAUAGUUUCCAUAUCGCCGAGCCGGGGAGGCAGCUGCGAUCUCAGCCUUUAUGUCAUCUAUUGCGAUGUUUCCAUGCAUAUCGAUUGGAUACAGCAGAAUAUGGUCUCUUAGGAUCUAUUCUUGGAACCAAGAUAAGGAGGGGAUGAUGAUUAAGGAGAGUAGAGCAACGAAUUUAUAAUAAAUAUUCUUAUCGGUUAAUUGAACCCGUGGAAUCUCUUGUCUCUGAAGUCAAACAAACUAGUUGAAGCUGCCCGGAGAAUUUUCCCAAUAAACGCGACUAGUUUCGAAUACCGGA